AUGUCUCUGACGCCGAAGAACUCGUUCGCCAUAUUGGCCGACGCAGGCACGCUGGAGAUCGUCAAUCACGCCAACAAGGACCAUUACUUGCAUCAGAAGAAGAGCGGCUGCGGGCAGAAGAAGGAACAAGCGAGCCGGUGGUAUGAGAAUUACAAGCAGCGUCAGGAGGAAGAGCAAGCCUCCAAGCAAAAGCAGCAGCCCCAAAAGUCCAAUUUUGUUGUUCUUGGUCACGGAAAUAGCACUGAAGACAAUAGGAACAUAGGUAAGGGUGCGGUUGACAAGUCGCCGCCUUCGUUGCUGAAAACCUCCCGACUGCAGGGGAAGAAAGCGUCGUCCGGCAGCAAUACUAGUAAUGAUAAGGGUAAGUUUAGCUCCGGCGGUGGUGGUGGUGAUCAUCAGAUGAGGAUUACGGCCAAGGGUUCGAACUCGAAAGCGUUUCGACUUGGUGGGGAUUCUAAGGCAAACAGAUCUUCUGAGUCUAAUAAUGAGGGGUUGAACAAGCAGAAGCAGAUGAAGGAAUUGAAGAACGACAAUGGUGUGGUGGUGGAGAAAGAAAAGAUUGAAAUGCCAACGUUCAGAUUUGAUGAUUUUGCUCAGUUUCCUGGUCUCGGUCGAACCCACUAA